CUUCUUUAAGCUUCACCCUCAUCAUCACUCAGACACCACCCUUCACCCCACAUCAGCCAAAAUACUCCUCCCUUCCCUUUCCUUCCUCCUCAACAAUCUCUUAUCUACGAUACAAAACACCGGCGAAGGAGAGAGAGCCAUGUUUGAAGAGAUAGAGCGCCGCGAGAGUAGAUAUAGAAAGAGGGAGCCAGCGAUCGACGAUUAAGAAGGUCACAACGGUGGUUCUGUGUUCCGGCGAUGGCGGAGACUUCAAGAAACGAAGACCGGAUUAAGGUUCAAGCGACAUUCCGGCUACCCCUUUUUACACUGUAAGUUUGACGUAUUUUGAAGGUUGAAGGACAUUCUUGGUAAUACAUCUUCGUUCAGAUCCUUGACGUAUUUUGAAGGUUCAAAGACAUUCUUGCUAAUACAUCUUCGUUCAGAUCCUUAACUCCACACAUUCAUCUCCACACAUUUGCAUUAGGGCUUUUUUCUAUCCAUAACCCUAACUAUGUUAGAUAUUAUUUUGAUUUGGUUGUUGAUAUAUAUUUAGUUCUUUUGUGAAAUUUUGCGAAAACUUAUUGCGAUUACAGGCAGCCCACUUUGCCGAAACGUGCCUCCCGACAAGCCCGUAUUGUGCAAUGCAAGCCGUCGCGUUGGAGAACCAAAGGAUCACUUGUAAACUACACACCACUUCACGCUCGAGCCGAGCCUGAUGAUUUUGAUAGAUUUCUACAGUGAAGACUAUAUCCAUUAAGAGCAAACCGACAAAAUUACUAAAAAGAAAGCCGAAUUACGACAAUGUAGCAGGCGGCAACGGUACCGCUAGCAUUACGCUCGGAAGCAGUGGCGGUGGGAUUGGGUAUGACUACCAUAACCAGGCUUUUCGCAAAGCGUUUGAUGAAGAUACUAGCAAUAGAUCGAGUUCCGGCUCUGCUAUAUCGAAUUCCGAUGGCUAUAUGUAGUUUGCCAGUGCAGAUAAUAGUGAUUUGACCGAUACAUUACAUUAGGAAAUUGUAUUGAUAAUCACUUUUGAAGCUGACAUGUCCCUCUUUGACUUAUUCAGGUCCAGCGCAAUCAUCGGUUGUUUGGGAUACAAUGGUAUCGUCACAAAAACGAGCAUGUGUUAACCAACUAAAACAAUCUCCUGUUGAGAAACUCACCAUUUUACAUGAACAAUCGUAUUUUUCGGGUUCGUCAGAAGAAGAUUUGAUUUUCGAAAGUGAUACACUGAUGGUUUCGGUUGAAAUAGGGCAUGGGAGUGUUCUUAUUCGUCAUCCAAAUUCAGUGGCUCGUGAAGAAGAGUCUGAAGCGAGUUCACUUUCUGUUGAUACGAAAAACGAGGCUUAUUCACGCUUUACUAAUACUACCCUUCCUGCAUAUACUGCUAACAAGGGUGGAAAUUUCUCGAGCCGGCCCAAAAAGCCCAUUAAUCAAGACCAUUUGAACCGGGAUGAUGACGAAAAGUUGCACAUACUCAUGAACCAUAGUUCUCUACUGUACAACAUUGAUCUGAGUGAUAUUAUCAACUUUGAAGAGUUUAAAAGUCAAAUGACAUACGAUGAGCAACAACUGCUUAAAUAUUUACCUCGUGUUGACACUCUUCAAGUUCCUGAUAGCCUCGAAAGCAUGUUCGAUAGCCCUCAGUUUAAGGAUAACAUAUCUUCCUUCCAGAAGCUUCUUGCUGAAGGGGUUUUCGAUCUCUCUGUACCAACAGUGAAAAACGAAGGCUGUAAAACAUUGAACAAGCUUGCUCUUUGUAGUGCUACAAAAUCUGAUUGGGUGGAGAAAUAUAAUCAGCUUCAGGAUGCAAAACGUAAAUAUGAUAAUGGAGGGUCUGUAGUUGGUGGAGCACGUAAUGCCAUGACACCUGGCCAUUCUGUAAACGUAAAGAGAUCUCGAGAAGCCCUAUUUCAACCAUAUCCAGGUUCACCAGGAGUGGGGUUGAUGCUUCUUAUCCUUGAUGUUAAAGUUGGAGACUGGAGAGACCAACAAUGAGCAGGCGGACUCCAACACUAGCCCUCUCUCUGUAUUGAUGAUGAGUGUCAAGAGUAAUACACAGACGUGCGCGCUCGGUUGAACAUGUGUUACUAAUAUAGAUGAUAUAAUACAAAGUAACCGGUGGAUGGUAGUGGUCGUGCUCGGUCAUCAUUGCGACCUACCAACUCAAACAACAACAUGGUCACCAUGCCGGUUAAUUUGUCAUCACAACCCAACUCACCCAACUAUGCGAGCACCAUGCCGCUUCAUCCGCCACCAGAUUUUGGGUUUAUUCAAAUUGGGUCCCCGGUACGAUGUCCUUAAAUGAAUCAACAACAUUUUUUUCUUAUAAUAAAGAUGAACACAAAGAUGGCAAUCUUUUGCAGUCCGUGCCGUAAUGAAGUUGUUACAGUCGUUCC